CAAAAUUUUGACUGCAGUUAUAGCUUGUUAGUCGGUGCACCACAACGCGUUGGCUUCUGAUCUUUCGAAUUUCACAAGUAACUUCAAUUUUUCUCUCGCUCGCUUUAUAAUGGACCCAAUCGAAAUUUCUCCCAUUUCCACUUUGAACCUAACAACUUGCCACAGUUCACCCAUAAGAGCACGCGUUACGUGGAAGACUGAGAUAACCGAAUGGACUCGUUGUGGCAAAAAAGGGACUAGCCUCCUUAUAAAUUUGUUGGAUGGUAGCGGAGAAAUUACCGUCGCAUUAUUUAACUAUCAGUGCGAUACAUUCUUCCCCAUAAUUGAAGAAGGCAGCGUAUACAAUUUCUUUAAUUUUGCAGUGAGGGAGGCGGAUACGGACCUCAAAAUUUUGCCCAACCCCCUUCAAAUUUAUUUUCUUGACUCAACAGUUCUACAACAGAGCACCCAGAAUAUCCAGAUUCCUAUAAUAAGAAAUACAUUUUUGCCCCUUUCCGAGGUUUCUAAAAUUCCCGAUAGGGAGCCAGUCGACACAAUUGGCAUAUGCACGGAGGUGCGUGACGUGGAUGAAAGAGGAGGAUACUAUAUUCGAGAAAUUUUACUUGUGGACGAAGAACUACAACCAGUCAUGUUGAAUCUCUGGGAAAAGGCGGCUAGACUCUUUCAGGGUGAAGUUGAUGACGUUAUAUUAUUGAAAGGGGCGCGUGCCCAGUCUAACAAUAACGAAAUAAAACUUAAUGCCAGCUGGUACACCAAUGUGCAGAUCAAUCCUGACAUUCCAGAGGCCAUCUCGCUGCGGGACUGGUACGAAAAUCAAUAGCAAAUGUAAAAAUCUGGUUUAUAUGUUUUGUGUUUAUACAAGAACAAUAAAAAAUGCAUGCUGAAUAUC